AUGUCGACCGUCACUCGUACCUUGCGCAACCUGCGCCGGGUUGGCCUGAAGGAUUAUUUCAACCAGAUGAUGUACAUCGGUGAUACCAAGGCCGGUACUCUGAUCGGAACCGACCGUUUCGGCAACAAGUACUACGAGAACAUGACCGAGGAGCUUCCCCUCCGCACACGAUGGGUCGAUUACAAGGAGCAUGAGUACAUGCCCUGCCAGGUCGAGCCCGGCUGGCACGCCUGGAUUUCCUACAUGGUUGACGCUCCUCCGACUGCCGACAAGCUCCUGCAGCCUGGUCAGCGCACCUGGGAGAUCCCCGAGCACCGUCCCAACCUGACUAUGAGCCGUGCUGCCUUCAAGACCUAUUCGACUACCCGCCCCAAGUACUCUGCCUGGGCCCCCGUUGCUGCUCCGCGGUAA